AUGCCGACGCACACCCCGCCGCCAGCGACCUUCACGCCGCAAGGUCCUGCGCGACGCCGACUUCCCGGCUCCGCAGCUCGGAUAUCGACGUCCUUCUCCUUCAACCCAAACGACAGCAGCUACAGCGAUGUGUCGAUCAUGUCGCCGUCACGCGGGCGUGCCGCCUUCAUUUCCUCAGCAGAGCAGGGCAACAUGAGCAUGUCCCAGGUGUCGCCUGCGCGCACACCGCUCCGACGCGGGACCGCGAAUAGUAUUCUCGGCCGCUGGUCGCGAGCCCAGCCUCCCGGAACCGGCACCAGCUCUCGCUCCAGGCUGUGCGACACGAGCGUCGAGGCGAGCGACGAGCUCGAAGACCUCGAGGGCGAUGCGCGGGACAACAUGAUCGCGUCGAUGCGCGUUUGGCGUGGUGACGCGGCUAUCCACAAUCUGUAUGAGACGGCGGCGUUCUGGGCCGACAAGAUCCUGUCUCUCACCGGACAGGAGAAGUACGAGGAGGCGCUGGAGAUGAUCGGCGAGACGAACCCCUUUCGCAAGGAGUCGAUUGCUGAGGUCGGGCCCCUCGACGGCAUCAGACUUCACUCGACCAUGUGCUUCUUACGCGGCAUCCUAUACCUACGCCUGUCGAGCAUGGCGCUUGCGAAGGAGAGCUUCAUCGAGGCGCUCGUCAUUGAUGUCAAGAACUAUGACGCGUUCCGCGAGAUUGUCGAGGAAUGGGAGUUCGUCAACAACCUUUCCUACCGCUCGCAGCUUGGGCCCGAGGAGGCAACCUUCGUGCGGCUGAUGUACCUUUCCAAGCUGCGAAAGGACGCGCACGUGUCCGAGAUUGCGGCAGUCCGGCGCGAGCUCAUCGACAACUACGGGCUAGGGGACAACCCGGACGUGCUCGUUGGAUUGGCCGAGGAGCUCUUCGCGCGGUACAAGUGGGAGGAUUGCUACAGCGUCACGUCCAAGAUUUUGGCCCGCAUUCCGGGACACCCCUCAGCGCUCCCAUUACACCUUGCGUGCAUGCACUACAUCCCGCGUCUGCGGAGUUCGCUAUUCAUGCUCGCGCACGACCUGGUGCAGCAGGACCCCGACGCUGCGACGACAUGGUACGCCGUCGGCCUGUGGUACUUCACGGGGAAGCGGUGGGCCGAGGCGCGGCGGCACUUCAGCAAAGCGAAUCUCAUCGAUCCGCGCUUUGCGCCGGCGUGGAUCGCGUUCGCGCACUCCUUCGCGUGGGAGGGCGAGCACGACCACGCCAUCACGGCGUACUCGACCGCUGCGCGCCUCUUCCCCGGCUCGCACCUCACGUUGCUGUUCAUCGGCAUGGAACACCUGCAGCUGAGCAGCUCGCAGCUCGCCGAGGAGUUCUUCCUCGCCAGCGCGGCGCUGCACCCCUCCGACCCGCUGCUGCUGAACGAGCUCGGCGUCACGGCGUACGACAGAGGCGACAUGGGCGCCGCGAUCAAGUACUUUGAGCGCGCUAUCGCGGGCGCGGGCGAGAUGCAGGGCCGCACCGCCGCGUGGGCCGUCACGCACGCAAACCUCGGACACGCGUACCGUAUCAGCGGGCGAUACGCUGAGGCCCGAGCCGCGUACGCGGGCUGUAUAGCGCUCGACCCGACGAAUGCGACAGCCUACGCGUCCCAGGCCAUGCUGGCGCAGCUCGAGGGUGAUGUCCGCACCGCCAUCGCGCUGUACCACCGCGCGCUCGCGCUUGUGCCCCAAGAACCAGUCGCGACUGUGCUGCUCGAAAUGGCACUCAAGGAGCAGGUCGAGUGCCUCGACCCGACCACACUCCCUGGCCUACCCGCCGCGAUUGCCCGCAGCGACCUCGACCCCUUCAACGUCAGCAAGGGCAACCCCGCCUUCGGCCCGCUGCCUGUCGAGGCCGACCCGAAGAGCUUAGAGGAGGCCGGGGGCGAGAGCCUCAUGAGCGACCUCGUGGAGGAGAGCAUGGAGAUUGAGGACGACUGA